CUCACUGUGGGCUGAGCUACCCAACCCCACCUCCUCCUCCACACUGGGGGAACUCCUAGGCAUGUGACUGCUGGAGUUAAGAUGGCAGCUCUAAUUGAACCUUUAGGUCUGGAAAGAGGACCCCUAGAUGUGUCUCGUGCCAUUGAGUUGCUGGAGCGGUUGCAGCGAAGCGGAGAAGUGCCGCCUCAGAAACUUCAAGCUCUACAGCGGGUUCUUCAAAGCAAGUUCUGCUCUGCCAUACGGGAGGUAUAUGAGCAGCUGUACGAUACAUUGGACAUCACAGGAAGUGCAGAAAUAAGGGCUCACGCAACUGCCAGGGCUACUGUUGCAGCGUUUGCAGCCAGUGAAGGACAUGCUCAUCCAAGAGUUGUGGAGCUGCCAAAAACCGAUGAGGGUCUGGGGUUCAACAUCAUGGGAGGAAAAGAGCAAAAUUCCCCAAUAUACAUUUCACGCAUCAUUCCUGGAGGAGUGGCAGACCGCCAUGGAGGACUAAAGCGCGGGGAUCAGCUUCUUUCUGUCAAUGGGGUGAGUGUGGAAGGAGAGCAGCAUGAAAAAGCAGUGGAACUCCUUAAAGCGGCACAGGGAACAGUGAAGCUGGUCGUACGUUACACCCCGAAGGUUCUAGAGGAGAUGGAAGCAAGGUUUGAGAAGAUGCGAACUGCACGCCGUCGACAGCAGCAGAACAGCUACACAUCUCUUGAAUCUCGAGGAUGAUGAGUCUCACUGAUGACUGGGACCAAGAAGGUUCUCCUGCUGCAGACCCUUUGUAUUUAUUGACACAAACUGUUCCCAUCUCUCUGAUCUGUGUACAGUAUUUAUUUCAGUUGUCUUUCUGUAUGUUGCACCGCAGCUAUGUGUGAGGAAAUAUCUCAGCGGCUUCUAGGCAAAAUAUCUCGCUACUCCCGAAACACACCAAAAUAAUAUAAAUGAGUUAUUUGUCUGUCUAUGCACCCAUCCAUAUUUCCAUACCUCUCUCUCUCUGCCUCCCCAACUCUCUCUAUUUCUCCUUCGACCCCUCUAUCCAUCAAUCUCGCACAGUUAUUCAGUAAAGUGAAGAUUGCCUUGAAUUUAAAGAGAAUUUCAAAAUCUAGGCCAAAACAGACAAAUGAUUACAAUUCUACAAGUCAAUUCUGAUUUCAGUUUGGCUAGUUUGGCCUUCUGUUUACAAAUCCUGGACAUUUUCAGUUUAGUGAAUAUCCCUCCUAAGGCCUAUCUCCUCCUCUACCUAUCUAUCUGUCUCCUUGUCCAUCCGCCUAUCUCUAUAUUGCUUUCAAUUAUUAUCUGUUUGUUGCAUUUGCUUAUUUAGUCCAUGAUGCCUCGGGAAUAUACCAUAUAUCAUACAAAGGAAGGCCAGAAACUAGAUGAGGUUAAUAUUAUAGACGCUACGGAUGUAUAUAAGCUCUUCUGAAAUUCUGGAUACCUGUUACCUAUACAGUAUGUAAACCUCUGGAUACCGGCACACUAUACAUGUAUGUAAAACCCAGUCCUAAUUGUGAGAGUGAUUUUGUACUAUGUAUUUCUGUGUAUAUCUUGUUGAUCAUAUUACGGUUGGUACACUUAAUUUUGUUCUUUGUGUAACGAGCUGUAUAGUUUAAAGGACCACUCUAAGCACUAUAACCAGUACAGUAAGUGCGAGUGAUUAUGGUGCUCUUUGAAGUUGGUAGCACACUUUAUGUUUUAUCUUGGUAUGACAACAUUUUUAAGAGACCUGUAGACCGGUAACGUUUGACAUAAAGCACUAUAUCAGCUGUGUUUUAGCGUAAUAAAACCCUUUAUGAUAAUCUGGUGA